AUGUUAAGCAUACCUGUUUCUAUUCAUUUCUCAAAAGACUUAUUUGCUACUGAAAGCCUUCAAUUUUAAAAUAGAGAUAGUAGAGAUUUAUCCACUUUAUAUUAUUCCUCUCAUAUUUUUGUAGUCAUCCAACUAUCUACAAUAGGCAUUUGUCAAUCCAUUAGUAUAAAGCAAUACUGUCCCAUUUAAUACAUAGCUUAACAUUAUAAUUAUAUGUACAAUAUCUAAUUAAAACCUUAUUUUCUUAGUAAUAAUUGCAAUGAUUUUUGAGUAAAAAAUUCGUCACCAAAGCUUAAAUAUUAUUACUAGUACCAAUUACUAAAACAAGUGUCAUUGACAGAAAAUUAACUAGAUCCUCAUCGUAUGUAUAUAUUGGCAAUCAGAUUUUUUUUCUGUGGGCUUUAUCAUGAAGAACUUCACUUAUUAAGAAUUUCAAUGGAGCAACGCUUUUUUUCAUAGCCUUUUACCUAUUCUCUAACAUCCCGUAUUGAGGAACAAGAUAAAUUGCAUUCCUCAAAAUCUGUUGUUUUUGUUUUACUAGGAGCCUUUAAUUUGAUUUGA